CCUGGACUAGGUGAACUUGAUCUACCGUGCAUAGACCCAUACCGUCUCGACUCGUAUCUUGCCUUCAGCUUUGAACAAAGACCAGCGACAAAAGCCAACAUCAACAUGUCCAACGACAACAAAGACCACAUCCCCACCACGAACGAAGACGAGCAGCAGGAAGAAAACAAGGGCUCCGGAGGCCUUCUCGCGCCCUUAGGCGACCCAGUCGGAAAAGUCCUCAACACGGGCCUCCGCCCCCUCGGCGCGCCCCUCGAGAAAGUAACCCAGCCGCUCGGCAACGCCAUCGGCGGGACGACGCGCGGCGCGCUGGGCCCGCUGCUCGGCGAGAAGGACGAGCGGAUGGAGGUCAUUGGCGGGAACAACAAGGAUAGCUAUGAGCACAAGCCGGAGAAGAUUGCGGGCAAGGAGCAGACGGGGGAUAAUCCGUUGGGGCUGGAUCAGACGGGGCGGUGGGGGUUUAGGGAUGAGUAACUGAGUGGGUGGGUAGAUGGUGGGGAUGGGAUCUGUGAAGGGGUUUUAUAUGAGUAUAUGGAUAUGGUUAUGAUUGAGGGUAUUGGGUAUAUCAGGGCUGAUAGGAGAUUGGAAAAUCCAUAAAUGAC